AAUUCUAAUGCGUAGACAAUUGAUUUGAUUUCGUUUUUUUAUAGAUAAUUAAAAGUGCUAAAGAUAAUUUGAGUUUCUUUUUGUUUUAAAAAAACAAAGAGGUGAAACGAUUCGCAAAAAAAUGUAUUCCUUAAGUUUUUUGUUGUUCGUUUUUGUUUUUUUCAUUCCAAAUAUCUUUUUAAAACCAUUGGAAGAAUUAAAGUGUGAUGAAUACGAAUUUAAGACAAUGGAUAAUGAAUGCGAUUGUAUAGUUCAUUUUGAAAGAAAAUCGGGAAAAUGUGAAUCAAUAUUUGGAUAUUGCAAUCAAACAUUUCAGUGCCGAAAUAAAAAAUUCAAAUGUUCAGACAAAACUAAAGGCUACUGCAAGCCAAAUUGUGGAUAUUCAACAGAUAAAAAUUGCGAAAUGGGUUGCCAGUCAACUUAUGAAGAUGAAUGUAUCCCUAUUGUUCAAUGCGAUGAUAAUUUAAAAUGUUAUGGUGAACAAGUGUGUUUAAAAGAUGGCGUUUAUAAUGGUGAAUGUCGAUGUCCAGAAGGUAUACCGGAUAAAAAGUACUAUUGUACACAUUCGAUAACAACAACAUUUGAAUCAACAACACAUUCAAAGAAUGAUACAGAGACUUUUAAUUCAACACCAUAUUUAAAUGUAUCGAUAGACAACAAUAAAAAUUUCAAUAAUUCCGAUAAUUCAGUGAUAAUUGCAGUUGCAGUUGCAGUUGUAGUUGCAGUUGUAGUUUCAAUUGCAAUUGUUAAACGGUGUGUUUUUUCUAAAAAAACUGUUGUUAACAAACCAUUGCCAUCCCAAAUUACUCAAGAAUCUAAAAAAUUUAUUCCCCUAUCGAACGAAAAUCGACAUAUGAAUGAAGAAACACCACAAAUUCGGGAUUCCGAAACAAAUGAUGAAACAGAAUGAUUCACAUUAAACAAAUAAAUCAAUCCAUCCCAAUGUCGAUUUAUUGCUCAUAAAAAACGA